GAGUGUUGUGUAACUCUUUGUGUCACAAGCCACACCCUUCCACGCCUCCUAACAAGUGGCAGUUACAGAUGAGACAGGCUCAAAGAUAUAAACAGAAAAAUGAGCCACCUCUGGACAAAGGUUUGCUUCCAUGGUUGGGGCACGCUCUCGAAUUUGGAAAAGAUGCUGCAAAGUUUUUGGCCCGGAUGAAAGACAGACACGGGGAUAUCUUCACUGUCCGUGUUGCUGGUCAUUAUGUGACGGUGCUGUUGGAUCCGCACUCUUUCGAUGCCGUGAUGAAUGACACAGUCUACUUGGACUUAACCCGCAGCAAAAACCAGCUCCUGAAAAGGAUCUUCAGUUUGCAGCUGCCGAGCAUCAAACCUACAGCAGAGAGGGAAUUUAUGGAAUGGCAUUUUCAAGGUGUCAGUCUCUCCAAGCUCAGCAGCUCCAUGAACACACACCUUCACAACCUGCUGCUGACGGACCACAAAGACUGCAGCGCUUCAGAGUGGAGACAAGAUGGACUCUUUAGCAUUUGUUACAACCUACUCUUCAGGGCUGGAUAUCUGACAUUGUUUGAGAGGAGAGAUGAUGUAACAACCGUCUACAAUGAGUUCCGCAAGUUUGAUGGUCUGCUCACCAAACUGGCCCGGUGCUCACUCAAGCGAGGGGAAAGAAAAAAGGUCAACUCAUCUCGGGAGCAACUGUGGGAGCUGCUGUCCCCAAACUGGCUGAGCGGAGGCUCUGAGCUGAACUCCUGGCAGCGGAGCUAUCAAAACUUCCUGCAGGAGGAGGGAGUGGAUGCAGAAAUGCAGAAAAGAGCUUUUCUUUUGCAGCUGUGGACCACACAGUGCAACGCUGGACCGGCAGCCUUUUGGCUCCUUGGUUUCCUGCUCACUCACCCCGAGGCCAUGGAGGCGGUUAAAUCAGAGAUCAGAAGGCUUCCUCUUUGGGACACUUCCCUACAGCAUCCCCCCAUCAGCCCUCUGGAAGCACACAGCACACCUGUGCUUGAUAGCGUCCUGAGCGAGACCCUACGGCUCACAGCUGCGGUGAUGAUCAGCAGAGAAGUGGUGCAGGACAAAAUUCUGCACAUGGCCAAUGGACAGGGGUACCACCUGAGACAAGGGGACAGAGUGUGCGUUUUCCCCUUCCUCAGCCCUCAAAUGGACCCAGAGAUACACCAAGAACCACAGCUUUUCAAGUAUGACCGCUUCUUAAACUACGAUAUGACGGUGAAUAAAUUCUACAAAGAUGGAAAAAGACUAAAGUACCCCACCAUGCCCUGGGGAGCAGGGAGAAACAUCUGUGUUGGGAAAGAGUUUGCCGUUACUGCCAUUAAACAAUUUGUGUUCUUGCUUUUGACCCAUCUCGAUCUAGAGAUGUGCGAUACAGAAGCUAAACUGCCACCAGUUAAUCCCAGUCGCUACGGCUUUGGGAUGCUCCAGCCGGACGGAGAUCUGCAGGUCCGAUACAGACUGAAGAAGACGCAGCGUGAAAUGUGACGCGAUGAUUUGAUUAACUGUAAAUAACUAACAUUUUUGAUUGAUGAAGC